AUGCGUAAUAUGAUAUUCGAAGGGAAGGCCCUCCGACGGUUGAGCACAAUGUGUGCUGAAAUCCCGGCAUUGCCUGACGAACGUAGCUUGGGAAUACACAUCUUCUACAAACUAGAAUGCCCUGCAUCCUACGAUAUACCUGGACUUACUGGUUCCCAAGACGACACCAUUGAAUAUCCGCGGACUUCGUACUGGAAGAGGACGAGGCGUUUUUACGGAAGCGUCGACAGCGGCUUUCACAGCUAUAUUCAUUUAUCUUGCUCAGGACUAACACCCAGAAGUGUCGGGUUGAGAGUGAAUUCUCUUCUUUCUACCUCACCCGGUGGUGAGGCUCAAUGGAAGGAGGCAAAUUUCGACGCAGUGCUCCGUUCUGACGAGGUCGGGAUUCCCAUGCCCGCUAGGCAUCAAGGUAUAGGUAAAAGGCAAGCUAGAGAAACACGGCGAUAUGUUAAUCCGGCUUAA